UUGAUUGGUCUGUUUGGAUGUGGAAUGCAUUCAUACGAGAAUUAACCAAUAGAGUUGCAGAAUGAAGCAGCGACAGGGUACAAGUCAGUUUUUGUUGCUGACGAAUAUAAAAGUCCGCGAUAAGAGGGUGAAACGCAGUACCAUCGACAGUCGUCAAGCGUAAGAACAGAAGUAUUGGUGGCGUGCCUAACCACUACAGCGGAAAGGCCUUCAGCAAAAAACUUCAGCAAAGAGCAAGCAAAACGAAAUCAAGUUCCCUUUCCAUCAACUUGAAAAUAAGAAAAUGGUCCUCAUGAAAGAAACUUGCAAACCAUUAACCGAAGAGGAGUAUGCCAAAGCAUUUGCAACUUUUGUUGCCGGGUCUACAGAGUAUGAAGAGAUACCGAAGAUGAUGAAGCCUGUCAUCGAUGGCUUGAAUGGGCGCAAGAUCGAUUUAAUGAGCAUUGGAGCUGGAACUGGUUGCAUAGAAGACAACCUCAUACAGCAAUGUGACCUGAAAGUGAAGAUGUUUUUGGCAAUUGAGCCGAAUAUUGCACAUCGGAAUCAGUUGCAAGCAACCGUCGCUUCUUGGGGUGAAGUUGACUUGGAAAUUGAUCCUAGUUAUUUUGAUGAGACGUACAAAACAGAGAAGAAAUUUGAUUUGAUAUUAAUGUCACAUUCAAUGUACUGCGUGGACAAUCCGGUGCAAAUCAUGAUCAAGGCAGUUUCAUACCUAAAACCUAGUGGAAAGUUGAUCAUCUUUAAUCAGACAGAAAGAGGAGGACAUGAAUUGUACCUUCACCUCAGGCGAAAUGUUUCAAUGGAUAAUAGACCAAUAAAUGACCAUUUUGUUACAACCAAAUACAUUGCAGAUGCGCUUCUCAACAACGGCAUCAAUUUUGAGCUUUCAGAGGCCCCGAGCACACUCGACGUCACUGACUUCAUAAAGCAGAAUGGCAGUUCUACAGCAAAUGAUGUCGUCACGUUUUUCCUCCAGACUAACUACGAGGCUCUAAAUGACGAUUUGAAGAAAAGUAUUUACGAAAUGGUGAAGGACAGGUGUGUCGAUGAUGAACAUGGCAGGCAUAUGUUCUCUCAUCCAAAUGGGAUGGUAUUUGUGAGUGCUAAUUAAAUGACGGGAAAUACCUUAUCACCAAGAUUUUAAGACCACAGUCUUAUAUAUUCAUUAUAGUACUUACUAGCCAGCUUUAGUUAAGGUAUUUUUACGAAGCUAGCAAAUGCUGUUCAACAGAUCAAUUUUAUUCCAACAAUAGAGCUUCCGUAUUUAUAUUUAUUUUGGGACCUCAUUGACUUGUUGACUUGUAAGUAAAUCAAUGUAGAUAAUGCUAUAAGAUGUAUGUAUCUCUUGCUUGUAUUAAUGUCAGCUUUUAGAAAAAGUUAAUGUUUUAGCGUAAAAAAAAUGCUUUUGAAACCGAUUGCAAAUUGUA